AUGGGUAAGAGUCGAGGCGCCAGAUACCGGCCGAACCAUGGUCAUCAGCCCGAGCCAGCGGGAGCAACCCCCCAAGACCUUCAGCCGUGGAACGGAGGUGCCCACAAUGCCUCCCCGCUAGAUCGAGUUGCGCAAAUCCGACAAGGUGACUACUAUGACUGCUGUAGCCAGGAUAGAAUUGACAUAUACAAUGCAGUGGACUCGUGGAGAUCCUACGGAAAUGAAAACGCGAACUUGCAGACUGCCACCAACUUCCAGUCUUUCUAUUCAUCUUACCAUGGUUACGUUGGCGGCCCUCAGCACCAGAUUUACCCUCCCGCCCCGCAAGGAGUCAGCGCUGGCUCGUGUGCGUUUCAACCCUCGCAUGUCCGACCCUCUCACUCUAAUCCAUAUCAGCCUCUAAGAAUAUCGGAUGGCACACGUGAGAGAGACAUUGUGCAGCAGGCCCAAAAUGUAUUGCCCAUGGUUCAGCCACAGACUUCAUCUCGAUACCAGUUUCGAGAGAGGAAGCCAGCGCAAAUUGGCCCAUACAGCGUCGCGUCUACCGCAGAUACGCCUGUUUCAUCUCUUGAAGCUGCGAGUAAACGUGGACAUGUUGACACUGUGCCGAUUAUGAAAGUUUCUCAGCGCGGUAGAUGGGUCAGAGACGCCACACCUCCGCCCGCGCCAACAGCGUCCGAGGAGUACAAGAGAAAAGCGGCGCUUGCGCCAGCCAUCAGACAAGCACCACAAAAACUUCUAGUUAUCCUCGACCUCAACGGCACUCUCCUCGUUAGACCUAAUCGUCAUCGCCCCAGGAACAUAAUUGUCAGACCUGGUGUCACCCAGCUACUAGAUUACCUAUUCCAGAACCAUGUUGUCAUGGUCUACUCCUCUACGAAGCCCGACAACUGCGCGGCCAUGGUAGACCAGUUCUUCCAUCACACCCAACGGAGUGCGAUGGCAGGCGUCUGGGCUAGAGAUAAGUUGGGCUUGAACAAAGUGCAGUACGACAGCAAAGUCCAAGUCUACAAAAAGCUCGAGCCAAUCUGGGAAGACAAGAAGAUCCGAAAGAAGGCGGAACCCGGUCAGAGAUGGGAUCAAAGCAACACUGUCCUUGUUGACGACAGCCAUCUUAAAGGCCUAGGGCAACCCCGUAAUCUGUUGCAGAUUCCGGAGUUUCUGAACAAUGCACCCAGACAAGGAGGACAAGCGCUCUUGAACUGGCAGCGAGAACAGGAGCAGAUCGUUUAUUCUAUCCAGCAGAAGUUGGAAGAACUCAAGUGGCAGGUCGAUGUCUCCCGAACAAUUCGAGAGUGGCAGACUGGUAAGCGACAAGCGCCUGGUGUGGUCGACGAGACAGUGGAUCAAAAGGCCCUUCAAGGUACUCAGAACCGUGAGCUGUCUCCUACGCCUAGUAUCGGUUCUCCUGCGCCGAGGGUUGGGCAGCUUGAAUCUUCAAUCCCGCGGCAACUUGGAACUCCCGAGGCUUCGACCCUGUCUGAUACAGAGAGCUCCGAUUCGUACGAGCAAGGUGGAGGGAGUGGAGGUGUCAAAACCGCUGCUGAGGUCACCAAUUCUCUUCUGGAUGAACUGGAAAAAGAGAUUGAUCGCAAUCUCAAUCUCGAUCAGGACCGGAGCCGAGGUGCAGACCAGACCAUUGGUUCUGCGACCGAUGUCACUACUGUCAAUAAAUCGGGCACCAAAAACCGAGAUCAACAGCGAAGUGAGUCACCCAUCGAUGAGAGUGUCUGGGCUGAUAUUCUCAGAGGACAUGGAGCCGCCGCCGGUCGUGUCGGCGAAAGCGUUCAAAGAACGACGCAUGCGAGAAAUCCGAGCAGCCGCGAAGAAAAGACGCAAGGAAAGACAGCGAGCGCGGGAAAACGCCAACGCCAACGCAAGAAGAGAGGCCCCCGAAAGGAAGAAAAGGGGUCUCUGAGACAUGCCCCGCCAACGCCAGAGAGUAUUUGA